CAACGCUCCCAGGGUGCCCCGCGCCCCGCGGGCCCCCGGAGGGCGACGGCGCGGGCGGGAGGUGAUUGCUUUGGCUACUCCAAGUUGCUGAUGAUGAAUUAGUAGAAUAUGGAUUGUUAAAGUAAUACAAGUCAUCAUAAAAUGGAUGGUUUGGGCAGCCUCCUUCCUCCUGUGAUUGGAAAUGAUGAUCCAGAUAAUCCAGGAGAAUUACUAAAACUUCUGAUAGAUGAAAAAAUGCGAAGCGAACGCCAUAAAGCAAAUUAUCAAAUUUUAAAGGCAGAACAUCAAAGAUUACAGGGCGAUUAUACCAAAUCACAAGAUGAAAUAAAGCAGUUAUUAGAUGAAAAACAGGCUGCAAAUGACAAAGUUCAGCAGCUUGUCACUGAAUAUCAAGAGCAGUUGCUGGGUAAAUCGCAAGAGCUGGAAAAACUGAAGAUACAGGUGCUAACUCCUCAAAAAUUAGAACUGUUAAAAGCAAAAAUACAGGAGGAAUUGGAAUCUCCUAUGAGAGAACGUUAUCAGAAGCUAGAAGAUGAAGUGGAAAAAUACAGAACACUAUAUAACAAACUUCGUUACGAACAUACUUUUCUGAAAUCAGAAUUUGAACAUCAACAGGAAGAACAUGCACGUACUUUAGAACAGAAGAAAAUAAAAUAUGAGGCUGAGAUUGCAAGACUGGAUAAAGAUAAAGAAGAACUCCAUAAUCAGCUGCUUAGUAUUGAUCCCACAAAGGACAGUAAACGUGUGGAGGCACUCUCUAGAGAAAAGGCACAACUGUGUCAGAAAUUAAAAGCCUUAGAAGCAGAAGUAGAAGAACUAAGAGCAGAAAGACACAAUUGUGGUGUGCAAGCAGAAAGUGUUCAAAGAGUACAAGCACGACAGAUAGCUGACAUGCAGGCUGCAAUGCGAUGUCUAGAGGCAGAAAAGAAGUCUGCUGAACUGCAGGUCGAUCGAAUUGAGAAAGAACUGCAGACGAGUAAUGAGCAGAACAUUGUCUUAACUAGCAAACUUAACAAAUGUGAACGAGAAGUCAGUUCCUUAGCUGCUAAAGUAGAAGAACUUAAACAUUCACAUAAAUUGGAAUUAACAAAUGUCAAACUGGAGGCAACAAGAACAAAGAGUGAGGUAGAAAGGGAGAAAAACAAGAUUCAAAGCGAAAUGGAUGGAUUGCUGUCCGACAAGGAAAUUCUUAAGGCAGCUGUUAAACGUCAUAAAGUGCUUUUAGUAGAAAAGGAUCGGGAGCUAAUUCGUAAAGUGCAAGCUGCCAAAGAGGAAGGUUUUGACAAUAUUGCAGCCUUACAGAAUGAAAAGUUAGAACUUGAGAACAGAUUAGCUCAUCUAGAGAAGAUGAAACUGGAAGAAGAUACUUGGAGACAGUCUGAAAAGGAUCAGUAUGAAGAGAAACUACGUGCUGCACAGAUGGCAGAAGAAUCUAGCAAAAAGGAACUUCAGCGUUUGAGAUUAAAAAUUCAACAGCAAGCUAUGCAGAGAAAAGAGCUGGAAGAAUGGAAACGUGAAAGCACUGAUCAGAAACAGCAAAUCUACAACAUGGAACUCCAGCUUGCCUCACUUUCUCAAUCAGAAAAGGAUUUGCUGGAGUCUAAUGAGAAGUUGAAGGAAAGAAUAGAAAGACUGAAACAAGAAUGUCAACAGGCAGAGAAAGCUCAACUGGAAAGAGAGAAGAUUUUAGAAUGCCAGCGUAUGGAAUGGCUGCAGGAGAAGCGUACACUUACUCAGUGCAUCACAGACCAUGAAGAGAAAUAUAACCAGCUGAGGAACAAGCUGUGUCGAGCUGCUGUUGCUCAGAAAAAGAGAAAGACUCUCAAUGACAAUAAACAAAGGAGGAUGCGUGAAAAAAUAGAACUUUUGGAAGCCAAGAUGGAAGAACUAGAAAAACAAAAUCAGAUGUUAAUUAGGCAGAAUGUUUCCUCUGAAGAAUAUGCACGCCUCCAGAAGAGACUAAAGGACUUGCAACGUCGGCACAAUGAAUUCCGGAGCAUAAUUCUGAACCCUAACAUACCAUCACUCAAUCCACUUGGGAUAAUGCCAUCGUCUGCCCUGCCUCCUGGGUCUGAAGUGUCCUUCCCUCUUCUUCAGGAGGAGCAGCAUCAAAGAGAGCUUUCCCUGCUUCGCAAGAGGUUGGAAGAACUAGAAACCAGACAGAGAAAACAGCUGGAAGAUCUUGGACCACCUAGAGAGCGGCUAAUGGGGGAUGCAUACAGGGACUUGGCAAGAAACAAGAUCACUGGAGAAAGUGAAGCACAAAGUGAGGACUCUAAAUAAAUCUGCAACUCUCCUUGCUCUUAACUUGCAAUAACUUAUCCUUUGUAUGUGCAUUUAAUAUUUUGCCAAAAACAUGCCUGUAUGUGCCUGAAUAGAAGCAAAUAUACUCUGCAUAGUUA